ACGACAAACAUGAUCCUCAACCAGAUGAUUAUGCUGGCGCAAGCGGCCAAUCUGAUGGUCAACUUGAAUGCCACAACGCCGGCCACUAUAGACAAUAACAUCAGCACCACGACCUUGUCGCCGGAAGACGAGGCCAACAAGUUCGAGAUGCAUGAUCGUAAGUAUUCUUCAAAGUACUCGUCAUCUAAUGCCCGAUUUCACCAAUGUCGGUUAAGUCUUAAUCUGUGUUUAAGUUGUGUUCGGACAAAGACUCAAACUUAGAUCGAGAUUUAACCGACGUUUAAGGACGUCGAAACUUAAGAAGUCAACUUGUCAGCUGUCCUAUCGCAAUGACCUUCCCGACGCGUUCGAUACUUCUUACGAAGGAAGCAAAAAAUGAUAAUGAUAAAUAGAAAUAAAAGUUAUAAAUAAAGUUCCGCAACCGAAAGUGAAGUAGUAUCGGAAGAAAAUUUCAACGGAGAAGGAAACAAGGGUCAGUCGGCGACGUCACGUGCCGUCGAUUAUAUAUUGUGCUAAUCGCUGAUCCAAUACGAAGACGAAACAUCAGCGUAGUAUUCGAGGAACUGAUAGGGCUGCGUACAGAAAUAUCAUGGACGCGCCGAUAACCCCUCACAAGUACGGCAAUUCGUAAUGGUUCGAAGCUCGUCGUCGCUCGAGACGUCAGUCGACGUAAUGAGGAACGGCGAACUUUGAUAAGUUAAGAUACGUCCUGAUCGGGAACGUGGAAAAAUGCACCGACAUUUAACAUCCAAUUGCCGGUGAAUUGUUAACGCAACAAAAUAUCUCAGACCGACUCUUCAAUUCGACUCCUUCAGAAUGCGCGUACGCGAGGCGCUUUAGAAGUUUGCGGCUCUUUUUAAUUAAAACUUUUCGAAUUUUGCAGUCGACUACAUUGAGAGAAACGAAAUCUCGUUUCGUUUCUCGCUUGAACGAGAAACGAGAUCUUCGCGGAUUUCAAGCGUUGUGCGUAUAUAUACAAAGCGAAUCAGUAACUAUUGCCAAUUGAAAUAUCUUUGAAGCAGAAGGCAAAGUUGAUCUUCAGAUCGUCGAAGUUAUUCUAUUUAGAAAAAGAGCGUCUUGUGGUAACACCUUUUUUCUAAGUAGAGUAUCUGAAAAUCAUCUUUGUUCGCUCCGAAAAUAUCACAGGUAACGAUAGUUACUGAUUUACUCUGUAUUGUUAUUAGAAUUAUUCAGAGAGAAAUUUCACUACUCAAAUUCUGUUUACUCGAGACGAAAUCUCCAUCCCAAUUUCGACCUCAACGAUCUAUUUAACGCCUACUUUGAUAUUCUCUCUAUAUCUUCUGAUUUUAUUUAAUCUACAGUUUUGCCAAGAAGUCCUCUUUAGAAUCUGCAGUGGCAUUUUGUGCGUUUUCUAUCUUUUAAAAGCGCCAUGUGUAUCAAACAUACACUGAUUCUUCAGAAUGUACAGACCUUGUCUCCUCAGACUGGUACAUGUGGCGGUGCUAUUUGCCGUACGGCUGUUUUUACAUCGGAUCUCCGUGGUCCGGGGAUAAACGGCCAGUGUCCACGUUUCCGACACACCCGGACGACAUCAAUCCUCGUUACCUCCUCUACACACGGGAACAAGGCGAGUACCACAAUUUGGUGAUCGAUGACUUGGAGACGAUCGAGGAAUCUCCCUUGAAGAAGAACAAAAACUUGUACUUCAUCAUUCACGGAUUCCUCGAGAACGGCGACAAAACGUCCUGGAUCCUGAGGAUGAUGAAGGAGCUGCUGAUACGAGAGGACUGCAACGUCGUGGUGGUCAACUGGAUGAACGGGGCUGCGCCACCUUACACCCAGGCAGUGGCAAACACGCGAUUAGUGGGCGCGAUGACGGCUCGCCUGGCGUUUCAAUUAAUUAAGAUCGGCGGAAUAGCGCCUGAAAAGAUGCACAUCAUAGGACACAGCCUGGGUGGCCAUACCGCCGGUUACGUGGGAUACCAUCUGAGGACAACUUAUAACUACAUCCUCGGCCGAAUUACAGGCCUUGAUCCGGCGGAACCGCACUUCAGCAACACUUCGCCGAUAGUCCGGCUGGAUCCGACCGACGCGAAGUUCGUGACAGCAAUUCACACUGAUUGUAAUCCUUUUAUUACCGGCGGCCUUGGCAUUACGCAACCGGUGGCGCACAUCGAUUUCUAUCCGAAUGGCGGCAGCAAUCAGCCCGGCUGCAACAUGGGCGUGCUCAACUCCAUCAGCAAAGAAAGCGGCAGCUUCUUCCGAGGAAUCAAGAGAUUUCUCAGCUGCAAUCAUAUCCGCAGCUAUGAGUACUUCAUCGAGAGUAUAAACAGCCCAUGCCCGUUCAUAGCCGUGCCGUGCAACUCCUGGCAAAAGUUUCAAGAGGGCAGCUGCUUCGACUGCAAAAACCAGUAUUGUCCCAGAUUUGGCCUGGACGCUCAACCCGGGAAUUACGACGCGUCCGUGUACCUGAUGACUGCAGCCUCUAGGCCGUUUUGCAAGGCCCACUAUAAGAUAACGAUAAACAUCUCGAAGACGAAUGAGAGCUUGUCGCAUGGCGGCGAGGUCGGCAUGUUCGUGUUGCACGUGAUUGGCACGAACGGGAAGAGGACCGAGAAGUUGCAGCUGAGCUCGGAGCCAAAGUACUACGAGCCCGGCAAUACGUACACCUUGGUGCUUCCCGGGAACUUCGUGGGCAAGCCGCAAUCGGUGAAGAUCACCUGGGAGUAUCGUACCUCGGUCUUCAACCCGCUCACGUGGCGGCUGUUCCACACACCGCGAGUCUACAUCGACUCGUUGACUGUCGCCAGUCUGGAAACUGACCACAGUGUCAUCCUGUGCCCGGACGAGACGAACACGCUGAUCAUGAACGAAGCAAAGACCUUGACUGUGGAAAAUUGUCGCCUCACGAAGCACAACAUGAUCUCCACGUGAAGGAGGCCGUCGGCGCUAAGCUCACAUCGUGAGCUCACCUUACCAGGACACGUGUAACUUCGAUGAGUUGAGAUUUCAACGCCACGAAAAUAAUCUCUUCGUAUGUUCGCGAAAAUUCAUCAAGACGAAUCUCCCAAUCCAUUUUCGCGGUAUGAAGGAUUCGACUUAUCGUGUCCUGAAUCGCUCAUGAAAAAACCGACUAUCCGCUCGUUAUCAUGAAAUACUCGUUAUCACGCAAUUAUUGGAUUAUCGAAACCCCAUUGUUUAUUAUUUAUUUUCUCAUAUAGAUAAGAGUAAGAGAGAAAAGAUGUAAUUCAUCAUAUCUCCCACAUCGUAUCAGAAUGUCUCGACAUAUCAAAGUAGUUGUAUUAUAUUGGUCGUAAAUAUUUGCAUUUUAAAGUAAUUUGCACUUUAAAGUAGCCAUUUAAAAUUUCUUGUAAAACGUUGCAACUUUUGAAUUCCUAAUCUAAGGUAAAAGUACUGAUGCCUGAACGCUAGUAACACUUGUACCUAAUCCUGGAUAUUCUUCUUGUUUUGGUUUUUAUACGAAUAUUUAAACUUUCAAAACGUAGAAUAUAUGUAUAUAUUUAAUGGCUGUCCUGAAAAAAAUUCUGAACUUUCCUCUUGGCUCUUUGAUUAGCUUUCUGAUUGGCCAAUCUCUGAUUGAUAACCAGUUGUAUUGAUUGUAAACCAAUUUCAGUUUGAUCGAUAAAAGAGAUUUGAGAAUAAGGGCCGAUAUAUGUACACAUAUAUUCUAUGUUGAAAGUUUAAAUAUUCGCAUUUAAAGAUCAAAAUAUUAAAAACGACUAGAGUUAUUAGUGUCCAGCGUUAUUAGUAUCCAGCCAUCGGAUAUUUGUCCUUUGAAUUUAUACUGAAGGUACUGCUUUAUAGCAGUUAUUGCUAGUUUUAGACAUUGGUUUAAGAUUCGAGAAGCGUCGCCAUGACGUGUACGAGUAAUUUACAAGAAAUUUCAGGUGUGGCGCCGCUCGGGCGCCUUUGGAGUGCAAAGGGUUCGAAUAGUCGUAUAAGUCGUAUAAGAAUAGUCGCAUAAGUGGGCCGCAGAAGUCCCCAUGGGACCUCUUAGGAUCGGUUGUUCCAACUUAUUGGUAAAUUAACUGACAGUUAAAUCAUAUGUUUUUCUUUCAACUUAGACAAAUACAGACAUAUGAUUUAACUGUCAGUUAACUUGCCAAAGAGGUGAGAACAACCGAUCCUUUGUCCCGAUGUACGAAUAACCGAUUACAGUUGAAUCGACUAUAAUGACAAUUUCUGAACGUUUAGGGCUCAAAUCACCUAUUUUAAACCGAGAUUUAGUCUCGUAUAAGAUAAGAAUCGAUCCCGAUUAUUGCGGGCAGAGAUUCCGCGGCGUUACCAGCCUGAUCCAAGUUCGCGCACUUUGCGCUUGUCACCGAUGAACAAGCAGUCGCGUAAAUCACGCAUAAUAACACCGGUUUUCCUCGAGACCAAUGGCAAAGUCACGAUCUUUUCACUGUCAUUAUGCGCUCGUGAUCCUUCUAUGCUCUUUUCUUCUCUUCUCUGCUCUGCUAUAUCUAUGCACGAUUCCUUUCCUCAUCUUGCCAUUGCCACCAGACGCUUUCCUGCGAGGUUGUCGUCAUCCUCGUCAUGAUCAUCAUCGUCGCUGCGGUCGCAUCGACAAUCGCCGUCGCCGAUCGCACAAUAGUGGCGUGAGCGUUGUUUUUUUUCCCGAGCGAGGCCUAAUGUUAAGAUGAGCGUAACUAAUGACGUUAACGACGUCGCGCUGGUGGUCCUCCUUUGAUGUCAGAGGUUUCAAUGGGCCGGGAGAGGCAAUGAAAACGAGACAAAUGAGCCGAAUGUCACGCAGGGAACGCUACUGAAAUUACUCGUGCGUUUCACGAGCGCAAAUACUACUCGAUUAUUCCGUUUUAGUGUCAACAGUGCCAUUGUGAUGUUCCUCUUAAUUUCGUAAUUCCACGCUGUCACAUCGACGUUGAGCAACGCGGAACGCGAAGUGGGCCGAACAAACGAGCACGCGUCGCGUCCCAAAUGAGCCGUGAAGAGCCACGAGUCAUUUUCUAAUUCGCGCGCUUCGAUUUCUUACACUUCGCGCCGAAGUAGUCUUAACACUUCUUCCACUAGCAUCAAUCGAAAAUCUUGACCACGUCCAAUGCAUCUACAUAUUCGUGCAUCGUGACUGUCGACUAUUCCGAAAAAGUAGCAACGUUGUCUAGAAGCUUUAAUUUUGUUAUAGUUUUUAAGUUAUACAUUUGUAAAUGUAAUAUAUAAGCUAAUAUAUAUAUAUAUAUAUAUAUAUAUAUAUAUAUAUAAAAGCCGAGCAUAGAGUGAAUGUAUGCAAAAAUUUGUACAGGUUUUAUUUUAUUUUGACUAAGCAUUGAGUUAAGUCUAACAUAAACUAUUUAAUUCCUAGCGACCUCCAAUUUUAUUCUUAGAUAUAGGAAUAUAUAAAUUUUUAAUUUAAUUUACAAUUAAUAUAUUUAAAUACAAAUUAAGUCUUACAAGUUGUAACACAAAAUAACAUCAAUGUAAUCUAAGGAUACAAAUGGCAACUUGAUAUUAUCUUCUUUAGUUUCUUCAUAUAUAUAUAGUCUCUUAGUGUUUAAUGUU